CAGAUCACCAGCCAUACCACACGACCGCAGAGGAGUAGCAAGAGCCCGGGGGAGAAAUGAGCGCGGCGGCGGGCGGACUGCGGCGGCUGCUGGCGGCGGCGGCGACGGCGGGAGCCGCGGAGGUGCGGGCGUCCAUCUUCGGCCACGCGCUGAACCCUACGGGGAGGCGCGCGGCGACGAAGCUCCUGCGGAAGAAGAUGGUGGGCGACCAGGUGGCGCAGUGGUACCCCUACGACAUCAAGCGCGACGACCCGCUCGUCAUGGCGCGCGAGGAGAAGGAGCGUCUGGCUAAACUGGAAAUGCUGAAGCGUCGUGGCAAGGGCCCGCCGAAGAAGGGUCAGGGAAGGCGUGCCGUCAAGAGGAGCAAGUAGUCGAGCUGUGCUACCCUAUCAAUGCUCAUCUCUGUUUCUGGAGCUUGCCUUGUUCUUACAUUGCUGUAACGUACUACCAGUGAUUUGUCGGGUGAGUGGGCGACGACAGAUGCAAAAAAAAACCCACCUUUUCUAUCAAGUUUAGCUUACAGAUGUUUUUUUUUUCAUCAAAUUGCAAUGAAACCGCCUUCUAUGUUGGAUGGCUGAUGUGC